UCACAGCGCACUUUGGCCUUCGCGCAGGGAUGGCAGGCUGUUGGCCCUCGGCCACUGGCGGCUUCGUCCAUCGGAGUCGGAAUAGAGCAACAAAUACGCUAAAAUUAAUAUAUAACUACCCGUGUGGCGUACGGGCAGUAUUACUUAGCACCCCUUGAAAAAAAAGGGACGCAUUCCGUUCAGAAAAACAUAAGCUGAUGGAUGAAACUGCGGUACCAGAUAGGAGAGAGGAACGGACACGGAGCACCCGUUUCCGACGCUAACGCGAGGAUCAUGGGAGUCUUCUCGAUCUGACCACAUCCUUUUCGCAGCAAUACUAUGUUAUGACAAGCAAUGUCUUAGAACGGAGCACUCGGAGCAUGAAUUUUCAUUAUAUUAAAGUGCCUAUAGGCACAGUAGCUCUCUGUCUCUGGAUCAGAAGAGUUGGAAAACAGCAGCGGAGUCUCAUCGUGAAGUAAAAACAAGAUGCAUACAAACAGUGAUACGCCCUCAGAGACGACAGAAAUCCAGCCGAAUACCACGAGUACCAAUAACAUUGAGGCUACAGAUGGACCAGAUAUUGAAAAGAAUUUGCUAAAGCCUAAUGCUGAUGGCGGGGAUGGAACCCUAUCUGGCGCCAGAUUACUGCUUCUUAGUUUUGCCCUCUGUUUCACCAUCCUGCUCAUCGCCUUGAACGGUUCGAUUGUCUCAACGGCCGUUCCCAAAAUCACCUCCCAGUUUAACUCGAUCGACGACAUCGGCUGGUAUGGCAGUGCGGCUCUUCUCACAAAUUGUGCCUUGAAUCCGCUUACAGGCAAGAUCUAUACGUUCUGUCCUCUGAAGGCCACGUUCUUGGUCUUCCAAUCAAUUUUUAUGCUCGGAUCCCUCCUGAGUGCGGUUGCAGUCUCAUCGAAUAUGUUUAUCGUGGGAAGAGCAGUUCAAGGUAUGGGUGGAGCAGGAUUGUUGAGUGGAGCAUUCACGAUUAUCGCUGCUGCGGUUCCAAGAGAUAAAAAACCGCUUUACGUCGGAAUCGGUAUUGCCAUAUCUUCCAUCGGCUCUGUAAUUGGACCUGUCGUUGGCGGUGCGUUAACCCAGCAUGCCUCAUGGCGUUGGUGUUUCUAUAUCAAUCUUCCCCCUGGCGGCCUUGCAUGCCUCCUUCUCCUCCUCAUGAGGAUUCCCGAGCAGAUCGAGAAGAAACCAGUUACACAGAACUUCAUGCCUCUUCUUCGAGAACUAGAUCUUAUCGGAUUUGCUCUCUUUGCCCCCGCAUGCACCAUGUUCCUUUUAGCUCUCAACUGGGGCGGUUCGACAUACCCCUGGAAGUCUGCUACGGUGAUCGGGCUUUUCUGUGGCUCCUUUGUAAUGGCUUGUAUCUUUGCAGGGUGGCAGUGGCAUAGGGGCGACCGUGCCAUGAUCCCACCGAUUAUCAUCGGUAACAGACUCGUGGCCGCUGGAUGCCUUGUCGCUGGUUUCCAGAUGGGAGCUCUGUUCAUGCUAUCUUACUAUCUCCCGCUCUGGUUUCAGGCUGUUAAAGGAGCUAGCCCUACGAUGAGCGGAGUAAGGACUCUGCCUUCAAUGAUUUCCCAAGCCAUAGGCUCAGUGGUUGCUGGUAAAUUCGUCCAGGUUGUUAAACGCUGCACCCCGUGGGCACUCUUUGGAAGUGCGCUAAGCGCAAUUGGUGCUGGACUGAUGUCUACAUUCUACCCAUGGACUGGCGCCGGGCCUUGGAUUGGCUAUCAGAUACUGACAGGCGCUGGCCGGGGAUCCGUAAUGCAAAUGCCCCUCACAGCUGUACAGUCCUUCCUCCCAGCCAACCAGGUUGCCAUUGCUACAUCUUCAAUCUUUUUUACUCAGUAUUUUGGCGGGACCGUUUUUCUCUCUGUUGCGGAGACAAUCAUGGACAAUUCGCUUCCUUCUGCUCUGCACAAGUAUGCUCCGAAUGCCAAUGUCGAGGCCAUUGUUGCGGCUGGAGCUACUGCAUUCCGAACGGUUACAGAUAAGGCAGAUCUUCCUGGUGUGCUACUUGCAUUCAAUCUUGCAAUUACUCGAACCUUUUACCUUGCCGCAGCUGGCGGUUGUAUUGCUUUCGUUUCGAGCUUUGGUAUGGGAUGGCAGAAGAUCGAGAAUUCACCGAAGAAGCAAUAAAACCAGUCGUAGAAAGGUGAAGGCUGUCCUUGGGAUUCUAUAUAUCAUCUGGCUAAUUUAUUGCAUACCCUCUUUAUGAUUAGAUUUCUUAGAGUCAUAACAUAUUUUCCUAAUUUGCAAAAUUA